AGCCCUCGUUGUCUGCCUGAACUCUCACCCUGGUGGUCGGGAAAUGUCAAAGGGAGGCCCGUGCCGCAGCAAGGGGGCGUUACGGGGGGAAAACAAUUAUCUUUAUUGUCAUAUUUUCACGCAAUUCAUUUUUUCUUAGUCUUGUCACAACCGUGCGCGUGAAAAUCGACCACCGCGCCGACCGCCAAAUCGCACGGUGUAGCAUCCGCCGUGGACUGCUGUUCGCAUCCUUGAUCCGUCUCGUAUCGCAAUCGUUGCCAAACAUGAGAAAUUAAACAUUUGUCCACUGGGACUGGAUGUUCUUACCAGCACAACCCACUUCCGCCAUGACACCCAGCAGAGGAUUCUGGGAUUGACGCAAACAUCACUCCCACUGAUGGCCAGGUUUCAGCUGGCCUGCUGAAGCUAUGGGGAGCUGCUGGAGCUGUCUAUACAGAGACGCUAUCCAAGACAACCAUCCCAACAAAUUCAAGGUAACUAAUGUGGACGAUGAGGGAAAUGAAUUGGGCUCAGGAACGAUGGAGCUCACGCAGACGGAGCUCAUUCUGCACACACGCAAACGGGACGCCAUACGGUGGCCAUACCUCUGCCUGCGACGCUACGGCUACGAUUCCAACCUCUUCUCUUUCGAGAGCGGUCGCCGUUGUCAGACAGGACAAGGGAUCUUUGCAUUCAAGUGCUCCCGUGCAGAGGAGAUCUUUAACCUUCUGCAGGAGUUGAUGCAGUGUAACAGCAUUAAUGUGGUGGAGGAGCCCAUGAUCAUGACCCGGCCUGGGCACGCACCCGAGAUGGACAUGCCUCGAACUCCACAGACACCUAAUACCCCUGGAUUCCCGAUACAGGGUUUUCCUAAUGGAUACCCAGGAUACCCAAUCAGCGCAGACUCAUCUCAGCCCUCUCUCUCCAAUGACCACAGACACAGCCUCAUGGGACUGGAUGACCAAACCCAUACAUAUGUGAAUACCGUAGGCAUGGAAACUGACCUCUCUAGCCGUCACUGUGUCCACUCCUUGCCUGAAGUGCGGCCCACCACCUACCCCGAAACCUCAACCACCACCACUAUCCGUGGGGGCGGAGUCCCAGGCCAGCCCGGCUUGCAUUGCUGCCCCCUGGACGACCCUCACAAAGACCCUCAGGUCUUCCUCCAGCCCGGAGCCCAGGAGGUGAAGUUCAUGUUGGGUCCGACCCCAGCACAGCGCCACUUAAUGGAGAGAGACAGGGAGCGUCACAUGGCACACCCUCUUCGGGCGCCAGACGUCAGCUCCGAAACAGAAGGAGAGGAGACUCCGUCCGUACACAUGUGCAACACGCACUCUUAUCACCAUUGCCACCAUCUAAUGCACCGACACCCCAGUAUGGAGCCCUGCCCGGAAAGCCAGCUAACAUACGAGAACAUCAACGGACUUCGAGGGGUACGCAGACAGAGGCUGAGCCCGAGCACCGUGUCGCAGUCCCAGUCUCUGGGGUCCAGUAGCAGCAGCAGCACCACGGGCGAUUCCCGCACGCACAUGCAUCCGCACUCUCUCCCGCUUACGCACACGCACGCUUCCUCGCUGCCCCCGCAGGGAUACGGCUGCGAACGGGGAAUGGGUGUCGGGGGUCACCGACGCACAGCGUUACUUAACUACGAGAACCUGCCGUCGCUCCCGCCGGUCUGGGAAUACCGUGCGCUUCAGCGAGAGGAAGAGGAGGAUCAGGAUGAAGAUGAAGAUGAGGACGAGUACGAGGAGGAAGAGGAGGAGGAAUACGAUGAGUAUGAGUAUUCCGAAGGGCCUGUGACACCAAACGGAUAUCAUCAGGAAAGCGGAGGCGGCGGCGGGAUUCACCGUGACGCUCUGCAGAACUACGUCAACACUGAACAGCUACAGCCUCCUACCCGUCUUCGUCAUGCUUUCCCACCCCACCCUCACCCACAUGAGAGGGCCAACCGCGUUUUCAACUUCGACUUCAGACGUCAGCGAGGGGGACGUGGCAGUGGCACCUGCGAGCAGUACGGUCAUCACCCGCCUCCUCCGCCCUCCCGCCAGCUCAACUACAUACAGGUGGACCUGGAGGGAGAACCCUCCGGCUGCUCGGGACACGGGGGAGGGGGCCCGAUACCGCAGAGACCGCCCCCUCUCAAACGCGGCAUGUCUGCUGCAGCUGCUGCGGCUCCGCCCCCCCGUCGUGGAGAAUGCUACGCUGUGAUCGACCUGAAGAAAACAGCAGCCAUGUCCAACCUCCAGAAGGCACUGCCUCGGGAUGACGGAACCUCACGGAAAACCCGCCACAACAGCACCGACUUGCCUCUGUGAGAGGGAAAGGGACGGAGAGGGAGAGUUACAGGUAUGACACGGGAAAAAAUGAGGGGAAAGAGAGUUCUGGUGGUAUUUUCCUCUAUAGCGGAGUCUCUAUUUUCUCAUUGUCUACACUUUAUUCUCGCACUCAUACCAAUUGCUGCUUAAUGAAAUAGUAACUGAAAUUGAGCCAAGCAUUAGAUUUUUUUUCACAUUGUGCGUGGGAGGGUAUGGAGAUGAUUCUUAUCACCGUGGUUUUAGGUUGCUGUCUGGGCCAAAGAAUUGGGUACUGGAAAACCACCCUUCAUUCAGGAAACAAGUUUACAGUAGUGGUUCUAUAUUUUUUAAGUCAAAGUGUCCUUUAUUUGAGAAUUUUUAAAUAUAACUUUAUAGAUUCUUUUUAAGGAUUAGUUGACCUGACAGUUCUAUCCACUCAUCAUUAUGUUGUUUAAUAAUUGUUUUCUCUUUCUGUGGGGGACAAAAGUAAUAUUUUUAACAGAAUAUCAAAAGUGCACACAAAUAAACUAAAACAUACCGUAACAGCUGUCAAGCCCCAUAAAAACUAAAUUUCCAUAAAAAUAUUUUAUAAUUUGUGUCUUUUUUUGAGGCUUGACAGACACUGGUGCCCAUCUACUUAUAUGUAAUUUGAGUGUCAUGAGGGUAACAUAUGACAGUAUUUAUUAAUGUAUAUUUUGACAUUUGAGUAAAACAGCUCUAAAAUCACUAAAUGUUUCAUUACCUCAUGUAAAAUAAUUACAUGAUAACACAAAGGUUUCCUCUAAUGAAAAACGCUGGAAAAUCAAACUUUUCAUCAUGAUCAAAAACUCUAACAGUCUCUCAUGUUAUCAUGUGUUACUGCAACAAAAUAAAGAAAGGCAUUUGUUCAGUAUUUGAAUGCCACAUGAAACGGACCUCCCAUCCUCAGGAACUGAUCCAAUUAAAGGGAUACUCCAACCAAAAAUAAAAAUUCUGUCAUGAAUUACUCACCCUCAAGUUGUUUCACACAUUUAUACAUUUAUUUUUUUCGGUUAAACACAAAGAACAAUAUUUGAAAGAAUGUUAACAACUGAGAUUUUUGGAGCACAAUUGACUACCAUAGUAUAAAAAAUACAUAGUAUCAUUUUUUGUUCUCUUGGACACAAAAGAAGAUCAUUUAAAGAAUUUAGGAAAACAAACAGUUCUGGGGCACCUUUGACUUACAUUUAAUUUUUUUCUACUAUGGUAGUCAGUCAAUGGUGCCCCAGAAAUCUCAGUUGCUAACAUUUUUCCAAAAUAUCCUUCUUUGUGUUCAACAAAACAAAGAAAUUUAUACAGGUUUGGAACAACUUGAGGUUGAGUAAUUCAUGAAUUUUCAUUUUUGGGUGGACUAUACCUUUAAUUCAGUUUGCACUUAUUUUUCUCAAAUUGUAACUGAGCCUCCCCAUUUCACAUGUAGUCACUGAGCCAUGGUUUAAAAUAAAGUUUAAAGUCAUUAUUCAGAAUUUGGUUAGAGAAAUCUAUAAAUAAAACGCAUGGAAAUGGAGGAUGAGUAGAUCUUAUCAAGCUUUGGCUCCAUUUUUAGUCAUAUUUAUUUUAUUUUGUUGUUAUUUUGCCAUUAGGACAUGAUCAGGUAUUACUGAUUUUCACAACUCAUAAAAUUUGCUCCUUUCUUGAGGGAAAGCAAUUUUUUAUACCAAUUUAAGGCAGAUAUCUACAUUGAACAGUAAGUGAAUAGAUAUUUUAAAUGACUAAAUUUAGAGAAAAAAAGACUCUUAAAAAACUUCAUGUAAAAAUAAAAUAAAAAAGAGGUCAAAGUACAUUAACAUUAACUGCCAUUUACCUCCCCAAAAUGAGAAUUCUCUCCAAAAGUGUAUUUAUGUACUUCUAUGUUUUGUAAUGCUAACUAAAGCACCAUAAUCAAAUGUAAGAAUGUGAAUUAUUUUUUAUAUCUUAAAUAUAUCAUGCCAUGAUUCACAAGGCAACACAUAUUUAUUUAAUUUAAAAUUAUUUAUAUAUCUCACUGUCUGUCAGUAUGUGUUUAUUUAUUUAUUGUUUGGUAUAUGAAUUCAAUGUAACCUGUUGUUAGAUUAGUUGUUUUAAAGAUGCCAAAGGUGGUAUGGAUAUACCUUGGUAUUAUUAUACUCAUUUUUGAAAGUGAAGUUUUGUUUAUAAUAAUACUUUUAUUUGAACAUAUUGUGCCAAAAAAAUAUAUGCUUAUAUCACUGAACUAUGUGCCAUUGGUAAAUAUUGAAUUUUAGGGCUAACAAUCAGCAACAUGUACAUGCAGCUGUUCUCCACAAUGACAUCAUGAUCAUUUCAGGGCUUGAUAAUAUUUUGUCUACAAGUACAUAAAAGUUAAUAUAUUCCCAGUAAAAUCUCAAAUUAGUUAAGAUAGGCAUAAAUGUUACCACGGUUUUCAUUGGUAUAUUUUGAAUACAGUAGAUAAACAGGUAGGGGUUUAAAUGUAACAUUUGCCUUCAUAAUGGCUGAAAAUUUCUCAUCAACAAGGGAUGUAACGAUUCAAGAUACUGAUCUCACGAUACGAUUUACCAAGUUUGCAGUAAACACAGCGACUCCUGCUGUUCAAAACAUGUAUUGCGAUUCAUUUAACGUCUCAACUGACUUGAAUCGUCACAUAUUGUAAUCGAUUUUCAACCGGCUCACGAUGAAUCGUUACAUCCCUAAUACUGAUGUAGCUAUACAUUUUCAAAAAUGGUACUAUAGGGACCUCCAAAAACUGGGAUUUAAUCGUAGUUGCUGGGCGUUGUGAUACGCACAGUAGGCCUAAGUCAAACUCUUACUGGCAGCCAUAUUGUUCUGAGUGCAGGGCUUUGUGGGCCUUAUGUACAGUAUUGUACACAUAUUAGCAGUAAAUUUAGCUUAGUCCUAACUAAUAACCUAAAAAUAUCUAAUGUUAGAUGUGUUGUUUUUAGUAUUUGAAUUGCCUCAGAGACGAUGUGCUGAAUGAUUUAUGUAUUGCAUAUUGACUUAAGUAUUACGGGAGAAGCCAUAAAUGAAAGAUAAUAUUUUAAGGAUUAGGUACAGUUACCUUAAAAUAUUACGAGUAACGAUUGCAAUUAAUUUUUUUAUCAUCAAAAUGUUCAAUGCAAAACAGACUAAUUAAAAAUGUUAAAACUUAAAGAUCACACGCUACAUCUUGUAGUCGAUUAUCAUUAUGACAGUGUAAAUUCGAAGAGCCUUGCAGUUCAAUACAAUAUUGCUGCCAAAUAGUAAAUCCAAAUCGAAUCAACAUACUACACUCACAAUCACAUACACUUAUUGUACUUUAAGAAUGCGAUGAUUAACUAUUUGGACACUUUUAGACACUUUUCAGAGAUCAAUCUAGUUUUUAACAUCUAUAUUUUGGUAUUGUGCUAUGAUAAAACAUUUUGCAAUAACAGCUAAUGGAUUCAUAUCAAAACUUGUUUGUGUCCUUCGAUAAGGUGUUCUGUGAUACGAGUCACAGUUGUGUGUGCAUUCAGAAAGGACUGGAUCAGCGGUGGGUUUAUUGUCUUUCUCAGGCCAUUGUUAUUUGUGUAUUUCAAGAAGGCUCGAGAGGGAAAAAAAUCUAGUCGUUUUGUUUGUACGUGUGGGAUCAUAUAGAACUCGAUUGUGCCAUAAGUGAUUUUCGUCCACUUUUAAAAUAAUGUGUAGCUCUAGUGGAAUUUUACAGGUACAGUAGCUAACUAGAUUCCUGUAUUGACUUUGAUCGUGGGGUCGCUUUGGAGUGUAAAUGCUUUUGUUUUAUUUGUUUGUUUGUUUACUUGUUUUGUUAUGUUUUUUAUAUCUUCCAUACACAUCAUCAUCAGGGUAAAUGUGAUAAGCCCUUUGAUGCAUUUGAGUUACAAACCCAGGUUUACUGCAAUGAAAUUGUAAUGGGGUGAGCAAUCGCAUACAGUACUGUAAAUCCCUGUGUUAAAAAAAAUCAGCAAAGAGUUUAAAUGCACUUAUGACAUUUGUUGGUUAAUUUUUUUCUUAUUUUCAUUAAAGCAACCUCAUUUAUGGAAUGCCACCUCUCAUCUAAAUCAUAGCCUACGUUUUAUCUAAAUCUGAGAUGGUAUUCCAGCUGAAAAGGGUUUUGCAGUAACCUAACUGAAAAUUGAACAACCUGUCGUAUUGGCGGUAGAAUCACAUUGUCGUAAUAAAGCUUAGAUGAAGCUUAAUGACUGCGAUGUACUGUAAAUUAAUGUGAAUGUGUCUCAAAUGUGUCGGAGUUCAAGAGAGCCGCCCAUGCAUGGACUCUAUACCGGAGACUGCAAGCUCCUCGCACUCUCUGACUCUCAAACUGUUUUUUUUUCUCUGUAUGAAUGUACCACACAGAGAUGGACUUGUAAAAUGCUCAGAUGAUGAGGUAAUUUACACUCAAUGUUUCUAUCCUCCCUGAUGAAAAGAUGUGUCAAUGUUAUUGUUUCGUCUCAAGAAUUCCGAUUUCAAUUAGAUUUUUCCGAUUACGUUUCUUUAUAUACAGUAUUUACAUUUUCUUGUAUGUAAUUCUGUGUAUGUACAUAACAUAUAUGGGUAUGCGGUCAGCUUCUCCUGUGUUCGUUUGUGUUGGCGCAACAGACUUUUGCCAUUCGUAGAAACGCCUCGACGGUCACUCAUUCCAUUAUGGACAUUGCAGUCUCUAUAAACGGAUCAGAGAUCUCCUAUAGUCUGUUGAUGUUGCGAUCGCAACCCUUCUCCAUUCUUACAAUGCAAAGCAGGCAUGCCCCAUGUUGAAUGUUAAUUUCAGUCAUAUAAACUUUUGAAGAGAAAGGCUUGUAUAAUAAAAAUGAAUGUGAUUAAAUGUAAUGUCAACAUUAAAACUGCAAAUGUAAAGAAGUGUUUGCUCUGAUACAUGUCUGAA